AUGUUAUCUAAAGAAGCGUUAAUAAAAAUCCUCAGCCAAAAUGAAGGUGGUAAUGAUAUGAAAAUUGCCGAUGAAGUAGUACCAAUGAUACAGAAAUAUUUGGAUAUAUUCAUUGAUGAGGCGGUGCUGCGGUCCUUGCAAUCUCACAAGGACAUUAACGGAGAACGUGGCGAUAAAAGUCCCUUAGAGUUAUCGCAUCAAGAUUUAGAGCGUAUCGUAGGGCUUCUUCUGAUGGAUAUGUAA